AUGGCGCUCGGGGGCAGACCCCAGGCCCUCAGGCGGACCCCCCUGCACCCCCCGGCGCUGCCCGGGCCCCGCGCGGCUCUCCUGCUGCUGCUGCUGCUGCUGCUGCAGCCCCUGCUGCGGCCCAUGGGCGAGCCCCGCACCCGCACCCGCACCCGCACCCGCACCCGCAGCGCCUCCCCGCAGCCCCCCGGCCAGCACCCCCGGCCCGCGCCGCUGGUCAGCCCGACCCCGGGGCCCGACCCGGAGGACGAGGACGAGGACGACUUUUUCCCGACCUGCGGCAAGUCCUACGAGCCUGACAUCACGCUCACCUACCCGGAGGCCGUGGCUCGGCGCUGGCCCUGGAUGGUGAGUGUGAGGGCCAACGGCGUGCACAUCUGUGCGGGCGCCAUCAUCGCUCACCGCUGGGUCCUGACCAUCGCCCACUGCCUGACCCAGAGCGAUGCAGUCUACUCAGUGCGGGCAGGGAGCCCCUGGGUCGACCGCACGGCAAGCACGGGCUCGGACAUCCCCGUGGAGCAGGUCAUCGUCAACAGGCAAUACCGGUCCCACCGCCGCUGGUCAUGGGUGGGCAGGGUCCAGGACCUCGGGCUCCUCAAGCUGCAGCAGAACCUCAGCUACAGCAGGUAUAUCUGGCCCAUCUGCCUGCCGGACUCACACUUCGUGCUGAAGGACAAGUCCCACUGCACGGUGACGGGCUGGGGACUCCCCAAUGCCAACGGCCUGCUGCCCCAGUUCCGGACCCUUCAGGAGAAGGAAGUCACUGUCAUGAACAGGAAGGAGUGUGACAACUUCUACCACAAGUUCUCCAAGGUGCCCGCUCUGAUCCGGAUUGUCACGGCCCAGAUGAUGUGCAUACAAGACCAGGACAGGGAGAAGUUCUGCUACGAGAGAAGCGGUGAACCCUUGGUCUGCUCUGUGGAGGGCACAUGGCUGCUGAUGGGGAUCAUGAGCUGGGGCCCCGGCUGCAACGAGAGUGCGGCCCCGCUCAUCUUCCUGAGGACCACCUCCUACAAGCCCUGGAUCUGGGAGGUGCUCAGUGGGCAGCCUCCGCCUGCCCAGGCCAGGGCCCUGCUCCUGGCCCUCCUGCUCCCCCUCGGCCUCCUUGCUGCCCGCUGAUGCCCGUGCCCACCCGUGCCCAGGCCCCCUCAUGGUCUCUGCCUGGAAAAUGCCCCUCGAGCGGGCAGAGACUAGGUGCUCAAUUAAACACUUCUCAAGCUUC